CCGUUAGUGAACCUGCAGAUUGCUUUCUGAGCGUGUGUUGUUCCUGGCGCCUAGCUUUUCCAGUCUGCGCAUUCGACUGCCCAGGAGUUGUUUUUCCUUCUUCGUUUUCCUCUCGCUAAUGACCUUAAUAUUCAGAAAGACAUGGGGAAAACUAAAAUCACAAAAAGUUUGGAUAACCAGCUGUGCUGGCGAGGCGUUUUCUCUUACCGUUACAGUGUCUCGCUUUUCCCCUCUUUUUCCUCCUUUUUCUCCUUUUUGCCUCUUCUUUUUCCCCCCUUAUUCCUGGUUUCUCUUGCUCUUGCUCUUACCAAUGCCGUUACGAAUACAAGGAAUAGACAGGUUGGAUUGAAGUAUGAUCUUUGGCUUUUUUUUUUUUUUUUUUUUUUUUUUUUUGAGGGGGGCCAGGGGAGGGAUAUUUUGAUCAGAUCACGCCAGUUCGAAGACUACGGGAUUCACAUCAAGGAUUGGGAGGCUCACUGUUUGCUUUUUGAGGUUGGAAAAGAAAGAUUCCUUCUUCGGCCCGUUUAUCAACUGCAGAAUGCGUUUUAGAAAGACCGGGGAAAGACCGGGGACGCAGUUGUCAAUAGGGGUUUAUGCUUCACGCAAAGUUGGUGGCUCAUUCGGUCUAGCUAGGUAGCUUUUUAAUGGUGCAACGGCGCUCAAGUCUCUCUGAAUUAUCAUCUCUAGUCAUGACUUCUAUAUGAACGGCUUCUUCUAACGCGCAUGGUAUUAGGAAGCCAUCUGCCAGCGCCUCUUCUGUCCCAGAUCAGAGACCAGGAAAGGAACA